AUGGCUAGUUUGAAGCCAGAAGAAGUAUAUGGUUGGUAUGAACAACUAUCCAAAGAUUCAGAAUGCUGUUUUGUUUUGUGCGGUGAACUGCAGGAAGUUCCAUAUGAGGAGGUUACCAAGAUGAUUGCAGAUCGGACAGGGAUGCAGAGGCCAAAUGUACUGGGCAGGAGGGAUGAUGCUGUGCUGCUAGAGAGCGAUGCUGUGUUGGAGAGAGGAUUGAUCCCUGCUGUUUUUUCAUAUGAGGGAAGCAAACGUUGGAGUGUAGUGUUGCCUCUUAAGCCAAGUGAGGGGAUGAGAGUUGCCCAAGAAUCAAGUCCUACUGAAGAGAGGGCAAGGAGCCCCAUUGUACAGUCCCCUGACAUUCGAAGACAAGAUGAUUCACCUCUGGGCCUAGAUGGAGCCUCUGACAUGCAGAGUCAAUUAUUUUUGGUCGCUAUGAAUAAACUCGUGGAGCAACUGGGAAGAAACCAGUAUGAUGGUGGAUAUAGGAGAUUGAGACCUUUCUCAGGUGUCCAACCUGUUCCAACUGGAGAAGAUGCCUAUGAGGUGUGGAAAGACACUGCAAUCCAGUACAUGGAAGAGUGGCACUGUCCUGAGACUGCAAAGAGACAACGGAUAGUGGAGAGUUUACGUGGUCCAGCAAUGGAGAUUGUGCAGGCCACUCGUCGGAGUGACCCUAAUGCUACUGCACGGAACUAUCUAGCAGCUCUGGAAAGAGAGUUUGGAACAUCAGAAGAUGCCACUGACCUCCUUUACAAGUUAAGAAACACCUAUCAAGAGCCGGGGGAGAGAUUGUCCAAAUAUCUAUACCGCCUGGACAAGCUAAUUUACCGCAUUGUGGAAAAAGGUAGAAAUGACCCUCAGUGA